ACUUGCCAAUGCAGGAGACCCAAGAAAUGUAAGUUCAGUCCUUGGGUCAGGAAGAUCCCCUGGAGGAGGAAAUGGUAACCCACUCCAGUAUUCUUGCCUGGGGAAUCCCAAGGACAGAGAAGCCUGCAAAGAGAAGGACUAGAGGUGGCAGAGUAGGACACGAAUAAAGUGACUUAGCACAAAAGCUCGCAGGGUAUUGAGGGCACUCAUCUCAAGACCCAUAACAUCAUUAUAUCCACAAAGACACUUUCCAAAGAGGACGCAUGCUGGGGUUCCAGGGGGUGGGAUACAGGCAUAUCUUGGGCACCACCCUUCAGCCCACAACAGCACGUUCUCAGAUGAGGGGAGCAUGAAACAGGGAGACUGAGCACCCCAGGAUGGAUCUCCUGGAGGAAUGGCAUAACCCCCCAAACCUAGACACUCCCCUUCACUCGUGGCCUGUCAUAUGACGGCCCUCACCUGUUAAACUCACCCUGAGUGCCCACCACGUGCAAGCCCUGUGCUCAGCACUCGCGCUGAUGUAAUCAUUAUAAUCACAUAUAAUCUGUAAUAUUUCCAUUCAGUUUCACAGCCAGGGUAUGGGACAAGCCUUGCCCUCCUCUUACAGAUAAGAACACAGGCGUGGAGGUACCUGCGGACCGUCGGACCCCUCUAGACACAAGGGAGCUACUCGGAGCCCCCUGCACUUGUCUGCCACGCUAGACCUUAUGUCUAGCACCUCCUUUCCCGCUCUCUCACCCCCUCUCCCUUUCUGGCUGUCAUUCAUCCCUAACACAAGCCGGUGUCCUGGGCAGGGCCUGCUUGCGUCUGUAGGGGGCUAAGCCUCAGCCUACGGACCCUAAGGGCUUUACUCUCGUUCUGGAGGACUGGCGAGGGGCACCUGCCAAGUCAAGGGGCAGGGCCAGGCUGUCGGUGCACCUCUUCCCCACUCUGUGACCCUGCACAAGUCACUUGGGCUCUCUGGGCCUCAGUUCCCGCAUCUGUGAAAUGGGGAUGGCAGGAGUACUUACCUCCUGGGGAUGUCUUUAAUGGCUAAAUGCAUCUCUCUCCCCCACCCCGCCCCGCCACCACCCCGUGUAAAUGGAUAUUAUAGCCAAGUGCCAAUAAUGCUUUUCGGCAUGUAGUAAGUGCUGUGUGCUGUUUACGUGAAAACAAACCCCGCAAAACAGCACCAAAGUGCUUGUGUUUGGUUCCCGUGGCGCCUCUGCUUCAUCUCAAUGGGUGGGGCCGGGUGGUGGGGGCCGGGCUCCUGAGUGGGAAGGUGGAGUCCGUGGAGGCCUCAAGGCAGGGAGAUGCUAGGCCUGCUGAGACGUCUCCUGGGUGGAACGGAACCCUCUAGAAGGAGGCCCCUCCUGGGUCCCAGCCGAGAUCACUUGCUUAUAAAUACUCCAGAAGGAAGGCAGGCCGUGCUCUGAAGGCCUCCCCACCCUCAAGCCAAGAGCCGUCUGUCCUGGGGGGCUCCGGACCCAUGCACGCCUAGGGACCAUGGUGGGCACUUAAUGGGAUGGGGUAGUGGCUGCCACUGGGACCUUGGUUCUGUUCGCAGCCCUGGGCUCGAGCGGCCUGUGAACCCCUCAGCACGCAGACCCACUCACAGCUGUUCUCUGUCCUCACAGGCCGAUGCUGCUACCAGCUUUCUGAGGGCAGCCAGAUCAGGUAACUUGGACAAAGCUUUGGAUCACCUGCGGAAUGGGGUAGACAUUAACACCUGCAACCAGAAUGGGUUGAACGGCUUACAUCUGGCCUCUAAAGAAGGCCACGUGAAGAUGGUGGUUGAACUUCUGCACAAAGAGAUCAUCCUGGAAACCACAACCAAGAAGGGGAACACGGCGCUGCACAUCGCGGCCCUGGCGGGUCAGGACGAGGUGGUCCGGGAGCUUGUCAACUAUGGCGCCAACGUCAACGCCCAGUCGCAGAAAGGCUUUACUCCCCUGUACAUGGCAGCACAAGAGAAUCACUUGGAGGUGGUUAAAUUUUUGCUGGAAAACGGAGCUAAUCAGAAUGUAGCCACGGAAGACGGCUUCACCCCGCUAGCCGUGGCCCUGCAGCAGGGCCACGAGAACGUAGUGGCACACCUCAUCAACUACGGCACGAAAGGCAAGGUGCGCCUGCCCGCCCUGCACAUCGCGGCUCGCAACGACGACACGCGCACGGCCGCCGUGCUGCUGCAGAACGACCCCAACCCCGACGUGCUUUCCAAGACGGGAUUCACCCCCCUCCACAUCGCAGCUCAUUACGAGAACCUCAACGUAGCCCAGCUGCUCCUCAACCGCGGAGCCAGCGUCAACUUCACGCCCCAGAAUGGCAUCACGCCGCUGCACAUCGCCUCCCGCAGGGGGAACGUGAUCAUGGUGCGGCUCCUGCUGGACCGCGGGGCCCAGAUAGAAACAAGGACCAAGGAUGAAUUGACACCUCUCCACUGUGCAGCUCGGAAUGGGCACCUGCGAAUCUCAGAGAUCCUGCUGGACCACGGGGCACCCAUCCAAGCCAAAACCAAGAAUGGCCUGUCCCCGAUCCAUAUGGCGGCUCAGGGAGACCACCUCGACUGUGUCCGACUCCUAUUGCAAUACAACGCAGAGAUUGACGACAUCACCCUGGAUCAUCUGACCCCUCUCCACGUGGCCGCCCACUGCGGCCACCACAGGGUGGCCAAGGUGCUUCUGGAUAAAGGGGCCAAACCCAACUCCAGAGCCCUGAAUGGCUUUACCCCCUUGCACAUCGCCUGUAAGAAGAACCACAUCCGUGUCAUGGAGCUGCUGCUGAAGAUGGGGGCCUCCAUCGACGCGGUCACCGAGUCCGGCCUGACGCCUCUCCACGUGGCCUCCUUCAUGGGGCACCUGCCCAUCGUGAAGAGCCUGCUGCAGCGGGAAGCAUCACCCAACGUCUCCAACGUGAAAGUGGAGACCCCGCUACACAUGGCAGCCAGAGCAGGGCACACGGAAGUGGCCAAAUAUUUGCUCCAGAACAAAGCCAAAGUCAACGCCAAGGCCAAGGAUGACCAGACCCCACUUCACUGUGCAGCUCGCAUCGGCCACACAAACAUGGUGAAGCUCCUGCUAGAAAAUAACGCCAACCCCAACCUGGCCACCACUGCCGGGCACACCCCUCUGCACAUCGCGGCCCGAGAGGGCCACGUGGAGACGGCGCUGGCCCUUCUGGAAAAGGAGGCCUCCCAGGCGUGCAUGACCAAGAAAGGAUUUACCCCUCUCCAUGUGGCAGCCAAGUACGGGAAGGUGCGCAUGGCAGAGCUGCUGCUGGAGCACGACGCACACCCCAAUGCCGCCGGGAAGAGCGGCCUGACCCCCCUGCACGUGGCCGUGCACCACAACCACCUGGACGUCGUCAGGCUGCUGCUGCCCCGGGGCGGCUCCCCGCACAGCCCCGCCUGGAACGGCUACACACCUCUGCACAUCGCCGCCAAGCAGAACCAGCUGGAGGUGGCCCGCAGUCUGCUGCAGUACGGGGCCUCGGCGAACGCGGAGUCGGUGCAAGGCGUGACCCCCCUCCACCUGGCGGCUCAGGAGGGCCACGCGGAGAUGGUGGCUCUCUUGCUGUCCAAACAGGCCAACGGUAACCUGGGCAACAAGAAUGGACUCACUCCCCUCCAUCUGGUUGCACAAGAAGGCCACGUUCCAGUGGCAGACGUGCUGAUCAAACACGGUGUCACGGUGGACGCCACCACCCGGAUGGGUUACACUCCACUCCAUGUGGCCAGUCAUUAUGGGAACAUCAAGCUGGUGAAGUUUCUGCUACAGCACAAGGCAGACGUCAAUGCCAAGACCAAGCUCGGAUACAGCCCCUUGCAUCAGGCGGCUCAACAGGGCCAUACGGACAUUGUGGCACUGCUUCUCAAACAUGGUGCUUCCCCAAACGAGGCCAGCUCGAAUGGAACCACGCCUCUGGCCAUAGCCAAGCGCUUGGGCUACAUUUCUGUAACAGACGUGCUCAAGGUUGUCACCGACGAAACCACCGUCCAGUUGAUCACGGACAAGCACCGAAUGAGCUUCCCAGAGACGGUGGAUGAGAUUCUGGAUGUCUCUGAAGAUGAAGGAACUGCUCAUAUAACUAUAAUGGGGGAGGAUCUUGUCUCCAGGGCAGAGAGGCCGGAUACCAGGGAUGUAGAUGAAGAGAAAGAGCUGCUGGAUUUCGUGCCAAAGCUGGACCAAGUGGUAGAAUCUCCAGCCAUCCCGCGGAUUCCCUGCGUCAUACCUGAGACAGUGGUGAUCAGAGCCGAUGAGCCAGAUCAGGUGUCCAAAGAGUACGAUGAAGACUCUCUGAUCCCCAGCAGCCCGGCCACAGAGACCUCGGACAACAUCAGCCCUGUGGCCAGCCCGGUGCACACAGGGUUCCUGGUGAGCUUCAUGGUGGAUGCCCGCGGGGGCUCCAUGCGGGGCAGCCGGCACAACGGCCUGAGGGUGGUGGUCCCGCCGCGGACGUGUGCGGCACCCACCCGCAUCACCUGCCGCCUGGUGAAGCCCCAGAAGCUGCCCACGCCACCACCGCUGGCUGAGGAGGAGGGCCUGGCCAGCAGGGUCAUUGCGCUGGGGCCAACGGGGGUCCAGUUUCUGAGCCCUGUCAUCGUGGAGAUCCCCCACUUCGCCUCCCAAGGCCGUGGGGACCGCGAGCUCGUGGUGCUGCGGAGUGAAAAUGGCUCCGUGUGGAAGGAACACAAGAACCGCUACGGAGAGAGCUACCUGGACCAGAUCCUCAACGGGAUGGACGAAGAACUGGGGAGCCUGGAGGAGCUGGAGAAGAAGCGCGUCUGCCGCAUCGUCACCACCGACUUCCCCCUGUACUUCGUCAUCGUGUCGCGGCUCUACCAGGACUAUGACACCAUCGGCCCCGAGGGCGGCUCUCUGACGAGCAAGCUGGUGCCCCUGGUGCAGGCCACCUUCCCUGAGAACGCAGUCACCAAGAGGGUGAAGCUGGCCCUGCAGGCCCAGCCUGUACCCGAUGAGCUGGUCACCAAACUCCUGGGCAACCAGGCCACGUUCAGCCCCAUCGUCACCGUGGAGCCGAGGCGCCGGAAGUUCCACCGCCCCAUUGGCCUCCGCAUCCCGCUGCCCCCAUCCUGGAUGGACAAUCCCCGGGACAGCGGGGAGGGGGACACCACCAGCCUGCGGCUGCUCUGCAGUGUCAUUGGAGGAACUGACCAGGCCCAGUGGGAAGACAUCACAGGGACCACCAAGCUCGUCUAUGCCAACGAGUGUGCCGCCUUCACCACCAACGUCUCUGCCAGGUUCUGGCUGUCGGACUGCCCCCGGACGGCUGAAGCUGUGAACUUUGCCACCCAGCUGUACAAGGAACUGACCGCGGUGCCCUACAUGGCCAAGUUUGUCAUUUUUGCCAAGAUGAAUGACCCCCGGGAAGGGCGUCUGCGAUGCUACUGCAUGACGGAUGACAAGGUGGACAAGACGCUGGAGCAUCACGAGAACUUCGUGGAGGUGGCCCGGAGCAGGGACAUUGAGGUUUUGGAGGGCAUGCCCCUCUUCGCCGAGCUCUCAGGGAACCUGGUGCCCGUCAAGAAGGCCGCUCAGCAACGGAGUUUCCUCUUCCAGUCCUUCCGAGAGAACCGGUUGGCCAUUCCUGUCAAGGUGAGGGACAGCAGUCGGGAGCCUGCAGGGUUCUUGUCCUUCCUGCGCAAGGCGAUGAAGUACGAGGACACGCAGCAUAUCCUCUGUCACCUGAACAUCACCAUGCCGCCCUGCACCAAGGGCAGCGGAGCCGACGAACGAAGGAGGACGCUGACGCCGCUGGCCCUGAGAUACAGCCUUCUCAGCGAGUCCACAGCGGGUUUCCUCAGUGGCACAGACCGGGCCGACAUGAAGAUGAUGCUCAUAUCAGAUCACCUGGGCCUCAGCUGGGCCGAGCUGGCCCGGGAGCUGCAGUUCAGCGUGGACGACAUCAACAGGAUCCGCGUGGAGAACCCCAACUCCUUGCUGGAGCAGAGCCUGGCCUUGCUGAACCUCUGGGUCACCCGUGAAGGCCAAGACGCCAAGAUGGAGAACCUGUACGCCGCCCUGCGGAACAUCGACCGCGGCGAGAUUGUGAACAUGCUGGAGGGCUCGGGCAGGCAGGGCCGCAGCCUCAAGCCCGACCGCCGGCCCGCCGACCGGGACUACUCGUCGUCCCCCUCCCAGAUGAAUGGUUACUCGUCGCUGCAGGACGAGCUGCUGUCCCCUGCCUCCCUGCACUACGCGCUCCCCUCUCCGCUGUGCGCAGACCAGUACUGGAACGAGGUGGCCGUCCUAGACGCCAUCCCCUUGGCGGGCACGGAGCAUGACGCCCUGCUGGAGAUGUCUGACAUGCAGGUGUGGUCCGCGGGCCUCACGCCCUCGCUGGUCACUGCUGAGGACUCCUCUCUGGAGUGCAGCAAGGCCGAGGACUCGGAUGCCACCGGGCACGAGUGGAAGCUGGAGGGGGCGCUCUCCGAGGGACCCCAGGGCCCCACGCUGGGCUCUCUGGACCUCGUGGAGGACGACACGGUGGAUUCAGAUGCCACAAAUGGCCUUAUCGAUUUGCUUGACCAGGAGGAAGGUCAGAGGUCAGAAGAGAAGCUGCCAGGUCAUGAGAGGCAGGAGGACUCCACAGGUGCAGGGCAGGACUCAGAGCGUGAAGUGUCUCUUGUUUCAGGCCAGCAGAGGGUACACGCCCGCGUCUCAGAAACCCCCACCGUGAGUUGGGCGACGGACUUGAGCCAGGACAGGGUGCACGACUGGGAUGCGGAAGGCUCUAUCGUCUCCUACCUGCAAGAGGCUGCACAUGGCUCCUGGCCGGAGGUGGCCCCGCUGGGCCCACACUUACUCCAGAGAACGGUCGGUGGCUCACCGGAGCUCGAGGAGGGCCCGGGGCCUGCGGCUGAGCAGUCCGAGGUCGGCAGGGAGCAGAGACCGCCCGGCCCCCAAGAGUGGACGCAGGAGGCUGGCAGCACCUUCUCCCUCCAGGGGAAUGAGCUUCAGAAUAUUCCAGGGGAGCAGGUGACAGAAGAGCAUUUCACAGAUGAGCAGGGCAACGUCAUCACCAAGAAGAUCGUUCGCAAAGUCGUUCGCCAGAUAGACCCGUCCGGAGCCGAUGACACCCAGGAGCUCGAGGAGGUGAUUUCCAAGGGGCCCCCGGAGGACCCUAGUGAGAUGGAGGCAGACAUUGAUUCCUUUAUGACUCAUGCCAAGGUGGAGCUGAGAGGAAGUGGCCUGCAGCCGGACCUGAUAGAGGGCAGGAAGGGGGCUCAGAUAGUGAAGCGGGCCAGCCUCAAAAGGGGGAAGCAGUGAUCUCCAGCCCCUCUUGUGGAAUGGCCUCUUUGGAGGAUCACACCUCGACACCUAACCCUUGAACUUCACAUACUCUGCCACGCACCCAGGAGGAGAGCUGGCCCGGAGGCCCCGCGCACAUGUCCCUGGAGGCUGACGGCAUGACCUCUGUAAGGGACUUCCUUUAGUCACCUAUUCGCAUGAAUGACUGUAGACGCAUGACCUACAGUCUUCAAUCCUGCCUCUAGCGACGGUGGAUCUCUGCGGGGAAUGUGGACAGAAGCAGCCAGAGGGGGUGUGCAGAGAGAGAGAGGGACGCAAAACGCGCGCAGGAGAGCGCCAAGGCAACAGCAACACAAGGGCUCUUUUGUGGCUGGGAUGAGAUAUUUUUUAAAUCAUUUCAAUUUUGGCUUGUUACAGGGUACUUUUUUUUUUCCCCCCAGCCUCAUUCUGUAGGAAAUCCAUGUGAGCUUCCUGGAAAGGGGCGGGGGGGGGGGAGGGAAUGAGCUUCCUGAAAAGGGAAAAAAAAGAAAACUAGACAUGAAAUCAGUUCCACACCAUUCAUCCCUUGCCCUCAUCCGCCAGCCUUCUGCACCCACACACCUCCAUGCUCCAUGUGUGACCAUCCUUGCCCGUGGACCGAACCUUCCAGAACCUUCCAGAACCUUCCAGAAUGUGCUACACGGCAUCAGGAAACACAUACAUGCCCGCACAUGUACACCUCUCCCCUCUGCUCAGUAUACACACAGAUUUUACUGUGAUGUCCGAGGCUGUAUAGACUCUCCUGUGGAUAAACUGGAUUUUUUUUUAUGUUGUCUCUCUCUCUCUCUCUCUCCUCGCCAGUAUUAAUCAUCUUCCAAUGGAAAAUCAUUACCUUCAGAAUGCAUUCGGGGGUUCCUUGUGUCAGGGACUUAAGAAUCUGAGGCGAGGACCCCCCAGGCUUAGCUGCAGGGCUCCAAGGGAGCCAGCGCCCCAUCCGGAAGGGUCUUUGCUCUCAGCCGGGGGAGGGCCGAUGGCUGUCCCAGGAUUGCACCAGCAUGUUCAAUAGAGAAGAGGUUUUCUAUACCUUCAAGCACUUAUAUCCUAGUCUGUGUUCAAAGUGUAAACUGUACAGUAAUCAAGCCUUGUGUAUAUGAAAAACAAUAAAUACUAUGCAAACCAAUAGAAACACUUUAG